AUGUAGUCUGAAUCAGACAUGUCAGAGUAUGAUGAAAAGAAGUUUGUAUUACCAAAAUCGACGAAAGAUCUAAAAGCUUGUUAGUAAUGUGGCAUGGUAUUGACAGUAGAAUAAUGGAAUAGGGAAGUGGAGUGCCCAAAUUCUUGCAAUGCUUCAUAGACUAAAUUAUUUUCAGGUAUGAUAUGUGUUCUGAAACCAUCAUAAAGUUGGGUAAUUAGAAAAUUGGGGAAUCCUAAGAGUAUUCACCCAGGAUUAUAUGCAAUAGAUGUUUAGGCAGAUUGA